UCUUACAGUUGGAGCCACUGUGGGGUGCCCUGCCAUGUGGACGUGGCCCCUAUAGCCCAGAGGCCGCUGGGUCAGCAGGCAGAGGUCUGUGGAAAGACAGGUGACACUGGAGUCCCACUGUCCCCUCUACCCAUGCUCUGGGGAGAAGCGGCUGUCCCCCUCUAUAGGGUCACGAAGUUGGGUUCCGUUCUCCAGUGCUCUACAGCUCAAGAAUGUUUUGAAGGGGCUGGGGAUUUAGCUCAACAGCAUAAGCACCUGCCUUGCAAGCAGGCAGUCGUGAGUUCGAUCCCUGGUACCGGUAAAAAGGAAAAAAACAAAAAAAUGUUUAAAAAAAGAAUGUUUUGAAAUAGGCCCCAGAGCUGGUGCCAAUCUGGGGGUGUCUGGCCUGGUCACCCCACUCCUACCAGCAUGUCCCCUCCCUGUCCAUGUCAGCUCCUGAGUCUGGAGGCAACCAAUCAUGAGCUGGGAGCCGGAGUUGUUCUGUGUUUCCCCAGAUCUCUGCUAGGCUGCCUGGGGUGCAGCUUGGAGGAGGGCACAUGUGUGGCAUGAGGGAGGCCAAGGCCACUGUCCCUGUAGUUGGUCAGCCCUGGUCACACAUCCCAAAAGACCCAGAUGGUGAGGGAUGCACCAGGAAGCAGGGCACAGCACACACAGAGAUGCCACAUGUGGGUCCCUGCAGCUGUGGCUUUGGGUAGGUAGAGAGGUCAGAGGAUGGAGGAUGGCCAUGUCCCGCCAGGGCUGGGAGAGCGAGCAACUUGGAGUUGGGGGGCAGCCUGUUUGUUGGUGAUCCUGGCCCAGUCUCCCCCUGCGAGGUGUUGGCAGCCUGCUUCUAAGCUGCUGGGGCCAGGAGAGACACAGGCCAGGCUCUUGUACUGAGGCCCCUGACGCAGGAAAUACCAGCUGCUGGCCGAGCCGCUUCCUGUCUCCGGGCCUCGGUUUCCUCUUCUGGGAAGUGGGGUGAAGAGGGUUAUGUAGCCCAAUCCUUGCCUGUGCCCUGGCAUCCUCCUUGCUUGGAGACUGCAGACAUGGAGAGGCCUUGCAGCUCCCUGUUAGUCCCCUGUUCCCCCAGGCUCUCUGGCACCUGGUGGGUCCUUGAGGUGACUGCAGAGCCCAGUGGAGGGAGGAGGAGGCUGGGGUCUGAGUGGGCAACUGAGCAGUGGAGGGGGUCGCACCACCCCCUUGCCUGAGGUCUGCAUCCCAGCCAGUGUCACUGGGCUUGAUUUGGAGGUGCCCAGCGGGUUGGAGUCUGAGAAAGGAACCCCCUGGGCUGGGGGGAGUUGGGGUCGGGGCUACAGGGCCCCUGGGAUGACAGGGCAAGGGCUGGGGAUUCCACUGGCAGAGUGGCUCCCGGGCUUGGCACAGGAAGGCUGGGGCCUACAGGAUAGUUCCGGCCCUGGGAGAGCCAGGGAGGGGUUAGGUGGCUACAAGGGUGAGCAGAGUGAUCCGUUCUGCAGCAGCACGUGGGGGUGCCUGUGCAGAAAAGCCCGGGGAGCUGGGACAGCGCACUGUCAGAGCCAUGGGUGGUGAGCUAGGGUCAGCUCUGUUGGGGCCGCCCGGGGUACUGUGCCUGCGAACAGCUGCUGUUCUCCCGAGGCCAUAGGCUUGCUUCCUGCCUCCUGGCGAAAGGUGCAGGCUAAGCUGGGAACCCCUGGCUUCCCCACUACCCGUGGCCUCUACCCCUCCAGCUGCGAUGGAACUGAGCCCGUGGCUGGGAAUGUCCUGGAGGGACAGGCCCAGGGCAGGGGCAGAGCUGAGGCUGGCAUUGUAUGUGUACGAAUACCUGCUGCACGUGGGCGCCCAGAAGUCCGCCCAGACCUUCCUGUCUGAGAUCCGGUGGGAGAAGAACAUCACGCUCGGGGAGCCCCCGGGCUUCCUGCACUCCUGGUGGUGCGUGUUCUGGGACUUGUACUGCGCCGCGCCGGACCGCAGGGAAGCCUGUGAGCACACAGGCGAGGCCAAGGCCUUCCAGGACCACAGUGCUGCUGCUACCCCCAGUCCAGUGAUGGGGACCAUGACCCCUGGUGAUGCAAUGGCCGCAGGCCCCAUGGCACCUGGCUUUUUCCAGCCUUUCAUGUCCCCGCGGUUCCCAGGGGGCCCCCGGCCCACCCUGAGGAUGCCAACUCAGCCUCCUGUGGGGCUUCCGGGCUCCCAGCCCCUGCUCCCGGGGACCAUGGACCCCUCUGCACGCAUGCAGGGGCAUUCCAGCAUGAGUGGCCCAAUGCAAAGGGUGCCGCCGCCCCGUGGUAUGGCCGCUGUGGGGCCCCAGGGUUAUGGAGGUGGCCUGCGGCCCCCACCCAACACCUUGGCUGGCCCGGGACUUACCACCAUGAACAUGGCUCCAGGAGUUCGAGGCCCUUGGGCCAGCCCCAGUGGCAACUCGAUCCCCUACUCCUCCUCGUCCCCAGUUAGCUACACGGGCCCCCCAGGAGGUGGUGGGCCCCCUGGGACACCUAUCAUGCCCAGUCCUGGAGACUCUACCACGUCCAGCGAGGGAAUGUUCACCCUUAUGAACCCCCUUGGGCCGAGCACUGGCAGGGCUAAUUUCCCGCUGGGGCCUGGUGCUGAGGGCCCCAUGGCCACCGUGAGCACGAUGGAGCCUCACCCGGUGAACGGAUCCCUGGGCUCAGGCGACAUGGACGGGUUGCCGAAGAGCUCCCCUGGCACCGUGGCCGGCCUGAGCACUGCCCCAGGGACCCCUCGGGACGAUGGUGAGAUGGCAGCUGCUGGGACCUUCCUGCACCCCUUCCCAGGCGAAAGCGUAAGCGACUGCGUCGAGUCCCAACCCCCUCCCGCUCUCGUGGUCCUCCUCCCUCCUGCUGUCCUGCCCAAGCACCUCUCUCCGCAGUACUCCCCAGGGAUGACCAUGAGUGUAUGAUGCGGGCUGGGCAGCAGCCUUGGCCUGCUGGCCCGGGUCACAGCUCUGGCACCUGGACAUCUGGCCCACGGAGUGGGGACAGCUGGGAGCCUGGCACAAAGGACUUUCUCAUUUUAUAAAUUACAAGGACCUCAGAGAUGUUCUUUCCCUGCCCCCACAAUCACCCUGGGCCCUUCAAUAAACAACUCGUUUUGGUUUUUGGUA